AUGUUUCUGCAGGAGGAGUCAAUCAUUUUCACGCUGAUUGAGAGGGCGCAGUUCAAGCGGAACCAGCCGGUGUACGUCCCUGGCGAAAUUCCAGUCCCCAGUGCGCCAGAUGGGUGCCGACCGUCGCUUCUCGAGUGGCUGCUAAGGGAGACGGAGAAUGUCCACGGGCGCAUUCGGCGGUACACGUCACCAGACGAGCAUCCGUUCUAUCCCGACGAAGUUCCGGAGCUGGUCCUGCCUCCCCUCCGCUAUCCCGAGGUGUUGCGGGAUACUGCGAAUGUCAACAUCAACGGCAAGCUGCUGGACACGUACAUCAACAGGGUGGUGCCGCAAAUUACGCCGGAGGGAGAUGACAGCAACUACGGAUCAGCGGCCAUGUACGACGUGCACUGCUUGCAGGCCCUGUCUAAGCGGGUCCAUUACGGCAAAUUUGUUGCCGAAGCCAAGUUCCAGGCGCGGCCAGAUGAUUACAGCAAGCUCAUCCAGGCGCGAAACCAGGAUGCGAUAAUGGCUCUCCUGACGGAUGAGGUGCAAGAGAGGAGGGUGGUUGACCGUGUUUGCAGGAAGGCGGCGCAGUAUGGACAGGACAACACCGAGGGGCAGGCUGUGUACAAGGUUCAGCCUGCGGUCGUCGGUCAGCUGUACGCCGAUUGGGUCAUGCCUCUGACGAAGGAAGUGCAACUUCAGUACCUCAUGGCCCGCCUUGACUGA